UUGUAGUGAUAGGAUGAGGGGGAUACUUAGAUUAGACAUUAGGAGGAAAUUCUUCACGCCGAGGGUGGUGAGGCAGUGGCACAGGUUGCCCCUCUAUUCCUCUCUUGUGAGACCUCAUCUGGAGUAUUGUGUCCAGUUCUGGAAUCCUCAACGUGAGAAGGAUAUGGAGCUGUUGGAACGGGUCCAGAGGAGGGCUACAAGGAUGAUCCGAGGGCUGGAGCACCUUCCAUACGAGGAUAGGCUGAGAGGGUUGGGGUUAUUCAGCCUGGAGAAGAGAAGGCUCUGGACAGACCUUAUAGCGACCUUCCAGUACCUGAAAGGGGCUAUAGGAAAGCUGGAGAGGGACUAUUCACAAAGGCUUGUGGUGGUAGGAUGAGGGACAAUGGGUAUAAACUGGAGAGGGGCAGAGUUAGACUAGACGUAAGGAGGAAUUUCUUGCUGAUGAGAGUGGUGAGGCACUGGCACAGGUUGCCCAGGGAAGUUGUGGCUGCCCGGUGGCCAGAGGUGUUCAAGGCCAGGUUGGAUGUGGCAUUGGGCAGCCUAGUCUGGUGGGACAUGUCCCUGCAUUUUGCAGGGAGUUUGGAACUGGAUGAUCUUUAAGGUUCCUUUUUCUAUUUCUCUCUCUCUAAUGCGUAUACAGAGCAGUCCUGUCAUGUAUUGAGAGAAAUUUAGUCUUUGCUGUUAGUAAGGAUGAACAAAGUGUCCUAAAGAUUGACUUUUAACAGCUAUGGUACCUUUUUGAGAAUGUGCCUUACCUGCUGCUUUAAGCAUCCUAGGGUUUUUUUUUUGCUUGGCAUCAAUCUGCGAGGUUUUUUGUUUGGUUUUAUAGUAUUAUGACUUGAACAUUCCUUUCGUUAUCCGUAUUGCUUAUUAUCAGUUCUCCUAAAUUUUUUAGCCAUGUAUUUCUUUUCUUCUUUCUUCCCCUGUGUUAAAACUGAAGAGAUAGCGGCUUUUCAAAGAUAAAGCUUCUUUUUCCUUCUUUUUUUUUUUUUUGGUUUAACUAUAUCUGUAGGCAGAAAGCAUUUCUUUGAUCUGUUUAAAGCUUAAAUUAAGCUUGUAAACCAAUUAGGAUAGCCUCAACAGUGACUGUUAUUUGUGAUAAUCACUAAAAUAUGAAGAGUAAUACCAGAUUUUUAUGUAGUCCUGUGACUCUUGAUUCUCUGUUGGAGUCUUUGAUUUUUUUUGGUUGGUUGGGUUUUUUUUUUGUUGUUAGGAAUUCAGUAACUGGGCAGCAUCAGUGUGUCAGUUAUCUGUACUGUCUUGUGUGGAUUGGUGUGCUGGAACAUGGUCUUAAUGAGUUGUGGUACAUCGGCCCUAAGGAUAGUCAUUCCUUCAUAAUUUUUGGAAGCAAUUUAGUGGUUAGCUUUUACCAAGAUCAGAGGGAUUUACCUUAAAGUGAACUUAGUUGUAACUGGUUUGUUCCCACAGAGGCAAGAGAUACUGAAAUUGCUGUGCAAUUAACAGUGGCAGUGUUUGUCACUUAAACCACCUAGACAGUGGAAGUUGUUCACUUACUAGCUUGUUGAUACAAGAAAAGCUCAUCUGUGAAGUAGGCCAGCUUUUUAUCAAUGUUGUUCAUGAAAAGAGCAUUGGUCAGACUAAUUUUUUUUAAUAGUGCAGGUGCUUUUUGUAGGUGAAGUAUGACCUCCUUGAGAGCUCUAGAAAAAAAACAAUAAAGAGGCCUAAAUGUCUUGAAAAAAAUGUAAUUUUCUAAUUUCCAGAGAGAGGCUAGUUAGUAUUUUUGAGGGAAAACGUGGGUAGACUGUUUUUGGUUUCAUCUUGUGCUUAGCAAUAUUCUACGAUUUGCAGCCUAAGAAGCAAGCUGUAUUGUAAUUAGCUUAAAGCUUGGAUUAGCUUAGGGACCUGGACUGGUCCAGUGUGCCCUGAGAUUUGGGCUGCUGUGGAUUUUAUAUCUUAUGAAAAAGAAGACUUUUAGGCCCACAAUUCCAACACUUUUAAGGUCAACGAAUCUUCUACCUACCCUUGAAUUACCAUAUAGUCUGUAGUGUACCUAAACUGGACUUGUAAUUAAAUAUUCUGUUUGAUGUGAUUUCAUGAACUAGCUGUAAAGAACGGCUCAUAGGCUUGCAGACUGCUGUCUGGAAAACUGUGCUAAGACAGCAAUGAGUACCUAAGGUCACUUGUAUAAAUUUUGUUUGUUUUUCUUUCCUCCUUUAUUUGUCACUUUCCUAUCUGUACUUUCUGGGUCCAAUUUCUAGUGGUGCAGAUUAGUACUAUUUUUUUAAUAAAGCAAAAUUGAUUAAAGUUAUUAAUUUUUUUUUUAUGAUCUGCCAUGUUCCCAAAGGAGAAAAAUAACUCAGUUUUUGUUCCAGUCACUUAAUAUCUUGAUAGCUAGAAGAGUGGAAUAGAAAUACUCUGCUGCUUGUGAUUUGGGAAGUAGCUGAAAAAAUAUAUAGAUGGUGUCUCUAGUUUUUCUUUUUUCCUAAUGUCACUUGCUUCCUUUUUUCACAGAGCUACAAUCUUGUUGAGCCCAAGUUCAGACUAACUUCUCUCCACUGCUUUAUUUUACUUAAUAGCUUUUUGCAGUUAGAGAACAGCGCAAAGAGCUUUCUUCCCUCAUGGUGUGAAUUUGCUGUGCAUGGAGAGCCCUGUUCUCUACUUGGUAUAACGAGGAACUGGUGCUAGCUCCAUUUUUCCUUAGACUGAUAGUAUGAGCACUUUCCUGUCCAUUCCCCAAUUUGCAGGGUUGGGUUUUUUUUUUCCUUCUGCUACUGCAGUGGUUUUCUUAUUGCAGCAGCAGAGAAAUGUAUUUUUGCUGAAGCAGUUACUCCAUUCAGUGUGAGUUUUCCAAGGACACCUUUGUCUCUUGCUGUAGCUGAAGAAGCUGAGUGUACAGCAAUGAAAAUGUGAUUUGAGUUUUUUUCUCUGUGGAUCGUUGUUCGGCUGCUAUGUUUUCCACUACUUUACUUUUAAAAAAACAGCAAAGGUGAAAUCUAUGUAUAUGUUUUUCUAGUGCUGAUUCCUUCCUCAAGCAGAGCUUGGCAGAUUUAUUACAGAUGAGAUGCGGACAAGCAGUGACUUGAAACAUGAUUGAGACAGCCAGCCUCCCUGUAGUCACUUCCAUAAUUUUAGAGUUGUGCCAGCCAAGCCUAGAGACUGGCAUGGACAUGUUUUUGUAGAAAUUCAGUAGAUUACAUUUUAAAUUAGGUUGUCUACUAUAGAUUUGGAAGUGGAUACCAAUUAUGAAAGCUUAUCUAUGGCAUCUUAAACCUUAAAAAGGCUUAGUGAUCUACAUUUAAUUUACUACCUGAACUUUGACUUCCGUACUAAAUAAAGAGAUGGUGCUUCAAGAUUGUUUUCCUGGCUCAUACACAAGAAGUUCUUUACAAGUAGUGGAGUAUUUGCAGUUUCUUCUCUUCUUUGUGUUUUGCUGUCCACUAAAUGUACCUUGGUGGAAACUACUGUCACUAAAAACACCUUACCUAAUGCACUCAAAGUAUAAUGCUUUUUGAGGUUGCUGCUCCCAUCAAUCUGCUCAGUAAAAAUAGCUCAUCUUGUAAUGGAGGAGAAAGUUCGAGUCGCAGCGCAGAGAAACGGGCAGCUAAUGAAGAAGCUGAAGACUUCGCCACAAAGCCUGCUCCUGCCAAAAUGUCCAAGUUUGGAUUUUCCAUAGGCAGUCAGACAGCAAAGAAGGCAUCUGCAAUAUCGAUCAAACUAGCAGCAAAUAAGCCUAAAGAGCCUGUUCCAACCCUUGCUCCAAAAACCCUUUCUGUAGCAGCAGCUUUCAAUGAAGAUGAAGAUAGCGAACCAGAAGAAAUGCCUCCAGAAGCCAAGAUGCGCAUGAAGAACAUUGGAAGGGAUACACCAACCUCAGCAGGACCAAAUUCCUUCAACAAAGGAAAGCAUGGUUUUUCUGACAACCAGAAGCUAUGGGAACGAAAUAUAAAGUCUCAUCUUGGAAAUGUCCAUGACCACGAAAAUAACUAAAUGAUGUGGAUUGAGAGUUGGGUGUUUGGGGGGAGGGGAGGGUGUAACAUUAAAGGAACAGUUUCCUUUUUUAAGAAUGGUAUAAGACUAUCUUUGGAGCCACUUUUUUAAGAUUUUGAGUGGUACACUAAUAACUGAGUUUGAAAUUAGAGGUAAUUUAUGUUUUGUAUACAGAUUUCAAGGCAUUUGCUAAUUUUGUAGUUCCAUGUGAUUAGUUUCAAAAGGUUCAGAUAAUAAAGAAAUUGGAGUGGUACCUUUUUAAGAUUUUAAUUUUUAUUUUUUUUUUUAUCAGUGGUUAAUUAAGGUGGAUGAAAAAGGUUACUGUCUCUUUAAUCAGGUUAACUUUGAAUGCACUGGCAUUCUCACUUUCGGCUCCCUCUUAGUAACAAGAGAAACAGUUGACUCCUAGGAAUACUGCAAAAAGAGAGUGAGCAUUGUCUCGUGCUAGAAGUGUUACUGGACUAUUACUUUGAAUAUGAAGUUAUGCAGGAAAUAAUAAGAACCUGGAUUUUUUUUUUCUCCUUCCUGUCACCUUUUGUUAAGUCUCUGCAAACUAGGAAUUAUGUUGCUCUGAGUGGCUCUGGUAACUUAGCUCUAAUUUUGUUUAAGACUUCAUGUAGGAUGUGUAACCUUCUGUGGCCUCUUUCAUCCUAAGGAAAUGGGCCUUGUCUGUAUAUUAGAUACAGUCUGUAAAGAAUAUUUACUACAAAGGUAAAUCAGUAUUUUCAGUGUACUCCUCUUAAAUCGUUAGCCUUGAGUAGUGCUUGUUAGCAUUUCCUUGUGGUACACAAAAGCCACCACCAAAAAGGCAAGCUAAUGUACAUUAAGCUUCACGUUUGGUUGAAAUAUUUUUGUUUACUAUGCUAGAAGGAAUAAAAGCCACACCAAAAAUCAGUAGCUCACUGCUUAAGUAUGAAAAACCUAAGAUGCACUUUCCCUGUCUUGCCAUUUAAAACAAAAUGCCUUGAUGCUGUGACCUCAGCGGACACUAUCAGGUUAAAGAAGAAUCCUGUAUUUGCAGUCCUAACAAGUAUCAACUUCAGGAAUAAAACUCGGCCUUUUCUUAUCUGCCUGUCUUUUGCAAUAAUUUUUGACAAUGACGUUAGCCUGGUCAGUUGAUUUCCUAGCUCUCAUAUUGCAGAACAGUGCUGUAGGAUUUCAAACCUAGGAAGGGCUGUCUAAAAUUCAGAUUGUGUAUUUUUAGAGCAUUUUACCAGCGGAACUGGUUAAACAAAAAGUUACCAACAGCAACACCCACCUCGCCUUCAAGCAAACAUAAGGUUCUUUUUAAGCUCGAAUACCUGAUAGUGUCGACCACUAAAUUAAUUUCAGCCUGGAACUGGUUAUAGAGUUCAACAUAUUAAUAGCUUUUGUCCUGCCUCUGAAACCAUUCUUCCUGCUAAAGUGGAACGUGCAAGUGCAGAAGGGAAAGUGCAUCUUGAAGUAUAUUAUUUCUUUUUUAUUUUAGGAAAGCUCUGACCACUUAGACUUUUGAGUUUGUAAGUUCUAAGAAAUAUUUUUUGUAUUUUUGUAUUGUAUGUGUAAUCUUUUUUCUUUUGAAGUCUGAUGCAGUUGAAUACCUGUAACUAUUUUCUUUAAAAGCCUUGUUAUAAACGUAACAUAAAAACAUUUACAUUAUUUUUUUUCCAUAGCAGAAAUCUUUGGUUUAUUUAAAACAAAACGAAACACUUUCAAAACUGACUUUCAGGACUUCCAAACUGAUUUGGGUGUUACUGGAACUAGGCAAGGCAAAAUGAAGCAUUUACUUUUCACUUAUUUUUAUCACUUGUGAUUAUGUUUGUCAAAAUAAAUCCCUUUAAGAUAGUGGUAAUUCACAGUGAAGAACUAUUUUAUCUUGCUCCUUAGUAGUUUCUUGAUACUGUCUCUGUCACUUGCGUUAGGAAAAAGCAAAAGGAAACUUUGAUCAAGAAUAAGAGGAUUACUUUGAGACCUGUUCUUUUUUAAUCAACCUACCACCAACAUCUUCCACGUUAAUUUUGACAGAAUUUCCUGGUAUUCCAAAAUCCAUUAGGAAAUUGCUAGAUGGAACAGCAGACAGGCUAGGAAAUAUCUUCCAUGUGAGUGUGAGAGCAAAAGUUAUAUUUAUCUUUCUUACUCCCAUGGUCAUAAAUGUAAUUCUAGUCCUUGUGAGACUGCAGCAAGUUCUAGAUCACAGCUGAAGGUGAGCAGAGGUUCCGAUUUUCUGGAUGUACGAGUUCUCUUCCUUCUCGGUGCUUCCCAGAAGAAAAUUGAUCAGGAUAGCUUAACUCCACUCAGGACUGAGUACUUAACAAGCCUGAUCUUGACAGACACCAGUGUCUGCUAAUGUUUAAUGUGUGAUGCUUGCAGGAAAGAACUGAUCUGAAUAGGAUUGUCAAGGUGAACAUUAGAACUUCAUUUGAAGUUCUAGUUACAGUAGUGGUGACAAUAGUGUUGGGAGAGGGGGUGGUUUUUUUUGUUGUUCUUUUUCUAAGAAUACUUGGGAAUCUAAUACUUUUGGUAAAUUGCCCGAUUUAGCUAUUUUAAGUGCUUCCAGGAGAUAUGUAGAGACCUUUAGCUGCUUAGUGUAGCAAGGUGUGUAUACCUCAGUGGCUCCAAUGUCUAUCCAUGUAACUUGUGUGUUUUAUCUCAGAAGGCUUAUGCUUGCCUAGCAGUAAAGCUUUACCUAGCAUGUGAGCAGCUUGCAAAACAUCCAGGGCAUUAGGUGAAGAUCAUAGAAUAAUAGAAUAGUUUGGGUUGGAAGGGACCUUUAAGAUCAUCCAGUUCCAACCCCCCUGCCAUGGGCAGGGACAUCCCACCAGACCAGGCUACCCAAGGCCCCAUCCAACCUGGCCUUGAACACCUCCAGGGAUGGGGCAUCCACAACUUCCUGGGCAACCUGUGCCAGUGCCUCACCACCCUCAGCGUGAAGAAAUUCCUCCUUAUGUCUAGCCUAAAUCUGUCCCUCUCCAGUUUAUACCCAUUGCCCCUCGUCCUAUCACUACAAGAUAUAAGUUGUUUUCCAGUAACUCCUCUGUGCCACCCUGCACCCAGGCUGCUGGGUUGUCAGUGGAUCCAAACUCAUGUAAUGCUACCUAUAUUAAUAAUAAUAACAACAAAGAACGUAACAGUGCAGUUGCCUACGAGAGGCAGUGUUUCAGGCAGUCCCAGGUGUAGCCCCUCAGAUGCCCGAUUUCAUUCCUUUAAACGCAUAGCACUGUCCAGAUUCUCAGAAUCUGUAUUUUAUCAGCAGAAAGGAGUACCCAGCCAGCCUGUCUGCAAGGUGACUGACAGAUGCAGUUUUGAUUUCAUGGGCUUAUUCCCAUGUCAGGUAUGACCCAAUUACAGUAUGCAGCCAACUUUGACAACACCAACUCCCAUGUCUUAAUGUGACCAACCACAGCAGCAGCCCCAGCUGCCUUCAGGCCUGAUGCGCUUGAUCUCUGCUAGAUGCGUAGAGCACUUCCUUGUGCGAACUCCAGUCAUUGCUGAGUUCUGUUUGCUGGGGGUGGCUUUCCCAAACCUUUCUUUGUGAGGAGACGUGUAGAAAAAGUCAGCACUGGAGAAAAUGGCAGCUUCUGCUUCCUGAGGAGACAAACCGAGGGUUUGAACUAUUGGAAGUCUCUGGUGUAACUACAACUCUUUCUAGGCUACUGUUAAGAUAAGAAGAUAGAUAAAUCUGUGUGGAGAAGCGACAGAAUUUCGAUAAGUCUUGUUAUCUGUGUAGUCAGGAGCCUUAAAAGGUGUUCUGUAAAAAGAGUGUUUUGGUUUUUUUUUUCCUUCAUUAUAAAACUAUAAAUUGAGGAAUGCUGGGUAGUUCUGCCCUUAAGCUGCAGAAGGGAAGGUUACAUUCUAAAGUCACUAUGAUUUGUCUAGUUCCUGUGCCAAGAGAUGCUAGAACACUGUAAAAACUGGACAAUUAAUAAUUUGCUUUUUACUGUAUCCUGGUAACACCUUCCUUAUUAUUGUUCUAUUCUCUAAUUUUGAUAUAUUGGCAUCUUAAAAGCUAUAUAGUCCUUCCUUAGGAAAGCUGCUCACGUUUAAUGAAGUGGAGCCAUUGCCUCAGGGUCAAUGCAUAGUUAUCCAUAGGGUUAAAAGCAUGGAACCUGAGCUGUUAUUGAACUCUGUAUAUAGGGUGUUAAAUUUUUGUUUAUGAACUUCCAUUUAAAAGUGUGCAAUGGUAGGAGUCCAAGUGAUUUUUAAUUAUCAAAGCAAACCUUUAAACUCCACAGAGCAUGGGUUUUGGUUUUGGUAUGGAUACCUAUCCCCUUUAAGCCAGGCAAAGUGGGUAAGAGUGGUGAAGACUGUCACAGCUGCCAAUUAGAGGACGUAUUUCUUGAUUCUGUAACAUCAGAUCUUAAAAACCUUUGCUAGUAAGAACCCAGUUCUUAGAUGCGGUUCUUGGGAUUGGAUUUCCUGAUGAGACAGGUGCACAACUAAAGCGUUUGUGAUUCUUCAAUAAGAACUCCACUGAAACUUGAUGUCAUGAGCCUAUGUUUAUGUUUUCCUUGCAGUACCAGCCUACUCAUUUAAGGUAAUGCAAGUCAUAAUGAAAACAUUAUGACAGGCUUAGUGCUGUGACCACUUCCCUGGAGAGCCCUGUUCCAGUGACCGACCAGCCUCUUGGUGAUGACCCUUUUCCUAACGUCAAAGCUGAACUUCCCCUGAUGCAGUUUCAUUCUAUUUCCUCAUGUCCUAUUGCUGGUCAACAGAAAGAAGAGAAAGAGUAAUUGUGAAACUAGUGAGGAUCUUGGGCUGUGCUUUACUUUUUGCUGUUCAGAUGCUUUUUUUAACAUGAUCCUUGUUUACAUGUAAAAUUUAAGGCUGUGACAAGUAAGAGUUUGGGCUCCUACACAUCAAAAAGUGCUGAGUGACUAAGUUAAUUUGUAAGGCAGGGCACUUCGAGACAAGAGAUCCUGUUCUCAGGACAAAACCUUUCAUAGGGGUGCAGGACAUACUUACUUUCAGGAGAAGUCCCUUCAGAGUCACAGUAGACUUGUAAGCAUCUUCCCCAGUGCCCGAGGGUGGCAGUAAAGCGAGAUGGGGCCUCUCCCCUUAGGAGACAGAACUCCUCUGCAAUGAGAACGGGGAUCAGUAAAGCAUUACCCAAGAGGUGCUAGGUUCCCAAUGCAGUUUUCAGCAGCAGCUGUAGGACUGGCUCCUGAAUAGUAGCAUAUUAAAUGUAUACACAAUUCCAACACUUUAGAAAUGUAUGGCUCUUCCUUUUAACAGCCAGGAAUGCCACAGUUUAGCUCAAGUAGAGAAAAGGGGGUCGGGAAUAGGCAUUAUUCACAUAUCAUUUCACUGUUUUUCACGUACAGUUGUAUCCCUGUUGAGCAGUAGUUGCUCAGUGGUAGGGCCACGUUACUACACUACUUUUGAAACCACUUCUUCUUACGUUAUGUAUUUCCUCACUUAGCCUGGUUACCUAUGCCGGCUCAUCGAAGAGUUAAUAUGCUAAAAAGGCCUCAGCACUUCCCCUAGGAAUCAGGAUGAAUCAUGAAAAGGAAUUGGCCUUUCUGCAACACUGACAUUGCGUAAGGUCGCUCUGCCAGGAAACAGAGAAGCACAAGAUGCCAUUUGUUCCCAGACCGGGAACAGGACAGGACAGUUAACACUGGAGGACAAUUUCCAAGCCAGAACCCCUGCUCUAUUAUUCCUCCCAGAACAGGGGCCAAGCCAGAAGUGCCGCAAGAUGCUUGCUUUGGGAUGGCAGUGUGGUACAGAAACCCACAGCAAGAGAAAUAACAUCCAAAACAAUCUAAAGUUCUUACAGCUUCGUAUCAAAGGGUGCCGAGUACACCAACGGCUCCUGCAGCCAAAGCAAAUUCAGUAUAAAUACAGUGUUUUGUUAACAUUGUGCUCCUGUAUAACCAUGUUCUGUCACAUCUUAGAGGUCAGUGGGGUUCCUGUCCUCAUACAAGUCAAUUUUUUGAGCCUUAAGCAAAAAUUAAAAAGCAGGUGGUACUAGAACUCUUCAGCUCAGACAUCUAUCUCUGUAUGGCAGGUUAAAUGCUAGAGAGGAGUAAGUAAUUCUGUAAUGCUUUUUUCCCCUUGAAUAAAAAAAGCUGCUUGAAAUUCCCUGUAAAGCUCAGUUUAUUUAAUGACAGAUAACCAUAACUUUAUACAUCUAACAUUGAACAAAACCAGCAGAAUGUACAAAUCAAAUUCAUUAUGUACAGGAAUUCCCUAGGAAUGCUUUAUAAACGGACAUUUCUCAUGGACUUUAUUUAAAAUAAAAUCAAAUUAAAUAAUAUCGACUGCAUAUUUGCAGUCUGACUUCGAAGAGCUUGCAGAAGGGUAGCAAACAUCUUAAAUUAAGAGCUUAAAUCUAAAGAAAAACAUAAGGCAACUUCACACCUAUGGGAACAGCAAAGCGAAGAGUGACACUCCCUGCUUACCUCAUGCCCUUGUGAAAAGGUAAGGCACAGUAUGUUAGGAAAGGGGUGCCGCAAGACUCAGCUUUGAUGUUCCUGGCUGAGUCUUGUUUAGGAAACAACUUCUUGUUUGUUUUUGUUUUUUGGUUUGUGUUUUUUUUUUUUUAAAUGGUAGGCCACCAAGUCAGUUAAAAGUAUUUUUACAGUGGGUAAGAAGGCUCCGAAACAGAGAUUCACUUCUGUCUCUUCCAUAGGUUGGGCAAAUAAAUAAAUGCACCAAAGAUUAAACUAAGGUGCCAAUAAUAUUCUUUUUGUAAGGUAACACACCAAAUAUACAAAUAAUGUUCUAGCACUAUUUACAGCUAUUUCUCCUUGAACAAUUCCUUGCUUUAGUAUUACAUCAUUAUUUGUAAGAUAUAAACAUUGAAGUAAAUUUUAAAGUUCACCUAGUGCUCUUUUAACUCUUCUUCCAUCAUAUGGCAGUAUUUAAAUUUUAAGCAAGAUGGCUCUCUCCAGAUCCUUGACCACACAAAAUUCAAGAGUUACAGCUAGCAGUAAUUUUUCUUAAAGUAUUCAUUUUAAUUUACUCCAUUUGGUAAUUAAAAAAAAACCCCAACAAUUGUUAAGGGCUGUAGGAUGUAUAAAUAACUACAUUACUUAUCUGCAGGAAGACCUUUAUCUUUGAAAUAGUAAUUUACAGAUGAAUUCGGAUCCAAGGCAGGAACUCAAACCUACAUAUUGCUUAAAAAAUUUCAACAAUCGCUUAUCCACUAUGCUUGCAAACUUUAAGAACAGUCCAUUCUGUAGCUUGGUAGACAGAUACUCAAAUAGUUAAAGAAGAAAGACAGAGAUACUAGUUCAAAUGAGGUUGCUACUUUGUCACAGAUUUCACUUAAAUUUUGUUCAGUGGUUCUGUUUUCACAGGUAAUGCAGAGUUGUAUGCCUGUAACUUUAUUUACAGUUUACCCUGCAACAUUCCAGGUUUCUGGCUCCUUGGAUAUCUUGCUGCUGUCAAAGCUGGGAAAACACUUGAUAAUACUAAAGACUAAGAGCGGCAUAAAGAAUACAGUUCUGAUUGUUCAUGUGUGCAUCACAUUCCGUUCCCCUUGGUAGACAUGCUUCUUGCUUAAAAAAAAAACCAAAGAACAACGGAAGAACUCACAGCCUGCAGAUUAAGAUGUGCACCCUUUGUGGUAUUAAAUCAGAGACAUUUAAACUCGGGCCAAGCAUAGCUAUAUUUCAUUCUUACUUACAAGAAAACCUAGUAAGAAUUUUUCCAUCUAUGCAGUGAAACACUGGGAAUUAGCUCGCCCUAGAAGUAUUUUCUCACAGCAGCAGGACUAAGAUCUUCUGGAAACUAGCAUUUUGCAAGAAUUUUAAUUUUUACCUCAUAAUCAGAUUUUCAUAGUUCUUUAUCCUGGUAUUGCUACAUGUCCCAUUUGGAAAUUAGCUGUGCUCUUCCUUUCAAAAUGAUACGAGAAGAGCAGAUUGUAACUAUCUGGACUUCCUCAGUAUAUUUAUGUUGCAGAAGUUUCCAUGAGACCUUUUCCAUUUGAGAGUUUCUACAUCAAGUGUAAAGCAAAAUUAAAAGCAUCCAUUGGUGGGUUGCCUGCUUUGGAUACAUACAAUGCAGGUCAUAGCUUCUGAUAUGCAGCCAAACAUCAUUAAACAAAACAUGGUUGUGCACAUGGGAUGAAGUGUAAGCUCCUGGCUUACAAAUAAAAAGCAGUUUACUUCUCUAAGCAGUCUCCCUGCAGCUGGCUGUUCUCUGGUCAACUUAAAUUCACAAUCCGUCUUGGAGAACCACUUCCUCAGAAUUCAGUGGGCCCCAGGCCCAUCACCUGGAAAACAUUCAACAGCUUUUUGCUGAACCUUGGACCUGCCACCCACCAACCU